AUGUGGUCGAACAUUAAAGGGCCCAGCUCCACGCGGAACCGGGAGGCCGACUUCCCACUCCCCGCGACUCCGACUCCGACAUCGAUCUCCAGAGCUCCAGGGCUCGACACCUCAACCACGGCAAUUGUCAAUCACCAACCGCUUUUGUUUGCUGUGGAGAUCACCUGCUAUCUAGGCAUGGCUGUAUUCUCUCUCAUCAUUAUCAACAAGGCCGGUGGUCUGAUCUACCAGCGCGAGUUCCAGGCCGGCUUGCGCAAGCUCUCGACCAACGACUACCUCGUCCUCGCUGGUACCUUUCACGGCCUCCUCCCCGGCACCAGCACGCCUGCGACAUCAAGCUACAGCUAUCCCAACCCUGGUGCAUCCGUAUCAGGACUAGAAUAUCUCGAGACGGACAAGUUCCGGUUGACUUGCUUCCAGACGCUGACCGGCACCAAGUUCCUGCUGUUUACGGAUCCCAUGACCGGCAACGUGGAAACCAUCAUCAACAAAAUUUACGACCUGUAUGCGGACUACGUGAUGAAAAACCCCUUUUACCAACUAGAAAUGCCAGUGCGAUGUGAAGCGUUUGAUCGACAUCUGGCGGCCUGGCUGAGAGGGAGAGCAUAG